AUGCCUAGUGAAGUCACUCUCAGCGUCGUUGACAAUGACCUGAAAGACGUAAUUCAAAACUUCUUCGAGAUUCAAUCAGCAGUGCAUGGAUAUCUCGGACCAGAAACACAGCAUGAGCUCCCCACGAUUCCCACUGCCUCUGUCACCUGUCGCUCACAAGUGGACACUGUUCGCAUAUUUAGAAAGUCUCUUACCAUAUCACUCAAAACACUCUCCGAUCAUACUACCCUUGAUCCAGCCCUUGCGGAUGCCGCAUCGAAACAGACCAACGUAAACCCUGCUCUAUCGCAGGCUGAUCCGCCCCUACAUAGCAUCCAGCUACCUCCCGAGAUUGUUGACUACGUAGAUGCAGCGCGUAACCCAGACAUUUAUACGCGAGAAUUCGUGGAGCUGGUACAAAAAGGCAACCAGGAUUUGAAGGGAAAAGCAGAAGCCUUCGGCUCCUUCAGAGACACUCUUGCUCGAGAAAUGGCCAGCGCAAUGCCCGAGUGCAAAAAGGAGGUGAUAAGAGUCGUUAAAGCAACCGGCGGCGAUGCCCAAGCUUUAUGA